AUGGCUGACCUCGAGGUCACUCUUACGGCGCCCAACGGCCAGAAGAUCUCCUUGUCAACAGGUCUCUUCAUCAACAAUGAGUUCAUCAAGGGAAGCUCUUCAGAAAAACUGGCAAGCAUUGAUCCUGCCACGGAGGAGACUAUCGUAGAGGUCGAGGUCGCCACAGCAGACGAUGUCGACAAGGCUGUCAAGGCAGCGCGUGCUGCCUUCAACGACCCCACAUGGAGGGACAUGAUUCCAGAGGAUCGCGCCAAGCUGCUAAACAAAGUGGCUGAUCUGAUAGACGAUAACAAGGACGAGUUAUUUGCACUCCAGGCAUGGGAUGUCGGCAAGCCCUAUGGAGCCUCUCAAGCUCUCGAGUGGCCUCUUGUUGUCCAGUGUCUGCGAUACUACGCCGGUUGGGCUGACAAGAUCAACGGCCAAACUAUUCCAAUCAGCUCCGACAAGUUCGGAUACACCAUCAAGCAGCCUGUUGGUGUAUGCGGUGCCAUCUCGCCAUGGAACUUCCCCCUUGUCAACUGCUCGUGGAAGAUCGGUCCCGCUCUAGCUACCGGUUGCUGUAUCAUUAUGAAGCCCUCGGAAUUCUCUCCUUUAUCAGCUUUGUUCUUGGCCAAGCUGUUCAAACAAGCUGGGUACCCACCUGGUGUGGUGCAAGUUGUCAACGGAUGGGGCAAAGAAACUGGUGACGCUCUCACAAAGCACCUUGACAUAGACAAGAUUGCUUUCACAGGCUCAACUGCAACCGGACGUGCUGUAAUCAAGGCUGCUGCCGUGAACAUGAAGAAAGUUACCGUUGAGGCUGGUGGAAAGUCCGCGUUCAUUGUCUUUGAUGAUGCAGAUCUUGAGCAGGCCGCCAAGUGGGCAAUUGCCGGUGGCAUGGGUAACGCCGGUCAGAUCUGCAGUGCCAAUGCUCGUAUCUUAGUGCAAGAGGGAGCGCACGAGAAAUUCGUGAAGUACUUCUCCGAUUUCGCGAAAGCGUCAAAGAUUGGCAGGCCGUUCGACGAGGGUACCACUCAAGGCCCUCAGGUAUCAAAGAUGCAGUAUGACAAGGUCCUUGAAUAUCUUGACCAUGCUAAGACAGAUGGUGCCAACCUAGUCACUGGUGGCAACCCUUACAAGACCUUGGGCAAGGGCUACUUCAUCGAGCCGACUAUCUACACCGGCGUAACAAACAAGAUGAAGAUCUUCCACGAAGAGAUCUUCGGACCCGUUAUCGCGGUCACCACAUUCAAGACGGAGGACGAAGCCGUUGCCCUAGCAAAUGACUCGGCAUAUGGUUUAGCUGGCAUGGUCUUCACUGAGAACAUGAAGACUGCGAUGCGCACCGCAACAAAGCUGCACACUGGAAUGGUGUGGAUCAACGAGAGCAACAACUACAAUGUGAAGAUGCCGUUCGGUGGUGUGAAGCAGAGUGGCCUUGGCAGGGAGUUAGGAGAGUCUACGCUUGAAGCGUAUCUUGAGGAAAAGGUGGUGCACGUCAACUUGGGUUUGAGGAUUUGA